UGUUGUAUGAUCCUUGUGCUCUAUUGUACAAAUGAUUGAAUAAUUGCAACUGCGCCGGUGUGACUGGGAGGUGGAAUUGAUUGCCUAAUGCAACGAGAUAGACGCCGUGUGUAGCUGUUGUGUCAUAAGCCAUACGAGCCCUUGCUUCGUAUGUUGUUAUCUCUCGCCACGAUCUCGUUCUGUACCACGGAACAGCUUUCACCAUAAAUCAGAUCACCUCUACUUCAGGACGCACACUAAGAUCUCCCCAAUGGCAACCAUCGACGCUCAGGUCCUCAGGGAAAUGAUUGAACGGUUUCGAGUUCUCAUCAUAGGAAGAGCAAACGCAGGCAAAACGUCCAUUCUUCACAAGGUCUGCAAUACCACGGAUGAACCAGAAAUUUACGAUCCCAAAGGAAACAAGAUCGAUGCGGCCGUCGUGAAAUCAUCGAUCAAGCGUGGAAAUCACGACAUCAGAAACGAGAUGGUCUUCAAAAGCAAUCCUAGUUUCGUCUUCCACGACUCAUGCGGUUUCGAAGCGGGUUCUGAAGAAGAAUUCGAGGACAUGAAAAAAUUUAUUUCAGAACGGGCAAACAUGACGAAAUUGGAGGAGCGACUCCAUGUUAUCUGGUACUGUAUCCCGAUGGACGACCAUUGUCGGACAUUUCAACGAUCAGAGGAGAAGUUCUUCUCAGAGUGCGACACUGGGCACAUUCCUGUGGUCGUGGUAUUUACCAAGUUCGAAGCUUUACGUCCAAUUGCGUUUGGACAACUCAAGAAGGAACUGAAAGGCGCAUCAGGAGAAGAACGCUCAAGAAAGAUUGCCGAGCGGGUCGAAAAUUUGUUUACUAACACAGGUGUCUUGGAUCGGUUAUGCGCUCCUGAAAACCGUGCGCGUCCUAAGUCCCAUGUACGCUUGGACAAUAUGCACAAACCGGAUACCAACUGCAACCUUCUAUUGGAACACACGACUCUAGCAUUGGACAAUGAAGAAUUGCAGUUGUGCCUAAUUUCGACACAACAGUCAAACCUGGAGCUUUGCAUCAAGUGUGCAGUCAGAAAACUCGUUCGUCGCGUACAGCAAUCCGGGCCAAUCAAUUAUGGAGGGUAUCAGUAUAGAAUUGCUAAGUGGUUUCCGCAUCUGAAAGUGUUGAAGUGCUGAACCUGUCCAUAGUCUGAUAAUUUUCCUCCAUUGUAGUUGUCCAUCGUUAACAGCUGGUAAGAUUGCAGUUUGAGAAGGUCAGAUCACA